AUGAAGGUGAAGAAGGCUAAAAGAGACGCACGUACUGGGGGAAUAAAGAAAAAAAGGAACAGCGAACAAAAUGCUGAAGUCGAGACACAUGCUACUGUGGAGAACGUUGAAGUGGAUAAUGAAAUACAUACUAGUGACGCAAAGAAGAAGAAAGCUUCUAUCAACAAAAAAAGGAAGAACAAGGGCAAAAGUCUAGUUAGGAAACCAAAACCGAAGGGUGCAGAAGUUGAUUUGGAAGAGCAAAGUGAUGGAGUAGUAGACAAUUGUCAUUCUAAUGCUGAGGAGAUCCAAGACUUUGAUGGGCAUAGAGAUUCUGAUACCGGGACAGUUAUCAAACCCUGUAGGUCGAAGAAAGACAAGAAAAAAAGGAAAAAGGAGGUUCAAAAUUCCCGGGAAAAGGGAGAAGGGUACAGCAAUCAUGAGGAGGUUUAUACUAUUUCAUCUGGAGAUGAUGACUGCUCAAAAGGAAUGAAAAAAUGGAUCAUGGAAUACCGUCAAAGCAGACCAGGAUUGGAUGUAUUGCAACAUCAAAUUGAUGACUUUAUAACUGCUCAUGAAGAGAAACUGGAAGAGGAGAGAAAAGAAAAAGAAGCCCUUGCUGCAGAAGGGGGGUGGACGGUUGUUAUACACCAUAAAGGUAGAAAGAAAACUACUGAUAAUGAGACUGGAAUUGCUGUGGGUUCGGUUGCUCAAGCAGCUGUGGAGAAUAAAAUGACCAAAAAGAAACGUAAAGAAGUUGGUCUAGAUUUCUACCGAUUUCAAAAAAGAGAAGCACAGAGAAAUGAGAUCAUGACAUUGCAGAGCAAAUUUGAGGAGGAUAAAAAACGCCUGCAGCAGAUGAGAGCUGCCAGGAAAUUUAGACCUUAUUAA